GCGUAAAACCGUAGAUCACUUACUUCAACAGCUGCGCGCCAUCGCUGUUUACAAAGGACUGCGCAGCUUAAAUAACGAAAUAAACGCAUUAAAUACAAAUGAAACAAACGUUCCUGCAAAGUUAGGUAAAGUAGAUUAGCGAAUCGGUCGAAAUUAUAUCAUAUUCGCGAACAUAUACCGUGAUGCGGUAAGAAGCGGGUCACACAAUGACAACAGUCCUCCAGCGUAAUAAACCCCAGAUGCCACUGUGCUAGAUUCAUACUAGGUCCGUCUGAAACGAUUUCUCCAGUGCAGCUUGCGUUUACAUUAAGAUACAGCCAGAGAAAUGUCGGCUGCGGCGCGUGUAGCGGCCCCCGUGAUGCUGUCCCGGUUCCGCGGCGCUCUGGUCGGCUCGGUGUUGGGCGACUGUAUCGGCGGCGAGUUUGAGGGCGCCGUGGAUGUGCCUUUAGAUCGAGUCCUUCAGCAUCUCAGCGCUCUGGAGGAUGAAACACGGGGCGAUGGAAUUCUUCAGUACAGUGAUGACACAGCCAUGAUGAGAUGCGUCGCAGAUUCACUCCUCACCAGGAUGGCGUUUGAGGAACGAGACAUGGCUCGAAGAUUUGCAAAGGAGUAUAACCUUGCUCCGGGGCGAGGUUAUGGCUCAGGUGUCGUACAGGUACUGCGGAAGCUUGCGUCGCCCCAUCUGAAGGACGUCUUCCAACCGGCACAGGCUCAGUUUGGCGGCCGCGGUUCUUUCGGGAAUGGAGGUGCCAUGAGAGCGGCACCCUUUGCCCUGGCCUUCAAAAGUCGUGCUGAUGUCAGCAGGUACUCUCGGCUUGGCGCAAUGUUAACACACUCAUGCUCUUUGGGCUACAAUGGGGCAGCGUUGCAGGCCCUUGCUGUUCAUCUGUCUCUCCAAGGCGCUUUGGCUCUGCCAAAAGAAUUCAUCAACAAACUGAUAUCAGAAAUGGAGGAGAUGGAAAUAGAUAAAACAGCCCAGCUUGAUGCUAAAGCACUCAAUUUAUCAGAUUUCCCAUAUUGCUCACGAUUGCACAGAGUGAAAGAACUUAUGGACAGAAACAGUGUGAGCAUUGAGGAGGUCAUAUCUGAACUUGGGAAUGGCAUCGCUGCCUUGCAGUCCGUGCCCACCGCUAUCUUCUGCGUGCUGCAUUGUUUGGAGCCCCGGGAUGGGCUGCCAGAGCGAUUCGGAGGACUAGAGAGGACAAUAGCCUACAGCUUGGCUCUGGGUGGUGACACUGACACCAUUGCUUGCAUGGCAGGGGCAAUCGCAGGGGCACAUUAUGGCAUUGACUCCAUUCCUCAGAGCUGGCAGAAGAGCUGUGAAGCGGUGGAGGAGGCAGAUGAUUUAGCGAGACGUUUGUAUGAUCUUUACUGCCUUCCACAGUUUGAAGAGGACAGGGGGACAUCAAGCUGUGAGAACAAUCAACCGCACACACACGCCAGUGAUCAACACACUGCAAAAACUGACUGACCCACUACAUGGCCAUAUGCAACAUGCAGCCACACAUAAGUGAAACUUCACCUGGCACACAGUGUCAAAUGCACUUGCUAAUAUACCAUCAUCUAUGUUUAUAAAAAUGUGAAACUUGUGCAAAAUGUUUACAAUAAAAAGAACA